GAAGUCCCAGUCUGGGAUCACCUGACCAGAACGUGAAUUAGAAAUGGCGUCUUCCUUGCUUGGUGGUGAACGACUGGUUCGCGCUUUGGGCCCUGGCGGAGAACUGGAACGGGAGCAGCUGCCCCGGAAGCUGCGUUCCCAACUCGAGGCUGCUCUGGAGAAGAAACGCACGAGCAGUGAUAGCGCCACGGGCCCCCUUCGCCUGAUUCCCUUCCGUCUGAUCCGAGAACUACAUCAGCACCUGAGAGAAAGAAAUUCCAGCCUAUAUCUUCAUGAACUCCUCAAAGGCAGUGAAAUCUACCUUCCAGAGGUUGUGAAACCUCCUCGGAAUCCAGAGCUAGUUGCCCGACUAGAGAAGAUUAAGAUCCAACUAGCCAAUGAAGAAUACAAGAGGAUCACUCGAAAUGUCACUUGUCAGGAUGCACAGCGUGGGGGAACUUUCAGUGACCUGGGAAAACAAGUGAGAUCAGUGAAGGCUCUGGUCGUUACCAUCUUCAACUUUAUUGUCACAGUGGCAGCUGCCUUUGUCUGCACUUACCUAGGAAGCCAGUAUAUCUUCACAGAAAUGGCCUCGAGAGUGCUGGCUGCAUUGAUCGUCGCCUCAGUGGUAGGUUUGGCAGAGCUGUACAUCAUGGUGAGGGCGAUGGAAGGUGAACUGGGUGAGCUGUAACUGGUGCUUCACCAUCAAAGUUUGGAAGAAGGUUGGGGAGCCCCAGACUCUAUUGCCCUUCACUGACUCUCUGUCAACCAUGAAGCUCUUUGGACUCAGCUCCAGUUAGUCAGAGGACCAGGUCAAGUUCUUUGGACAGCCAUGUUUGCUGUCAAUCUCCUCGGAGAAGAAUAGAAGAAAUUCAGACAGCAAUGUUUCUUUAAAACUGAAAGAACUGGUCUCAGUAGCUGCUCCUGAAUCCAUCGCACAUUUGCAUUCUAGAGUCUGCUGAGUCUGGGCUGUAUUGCCUUAAACUGGCCCAAGUUCAUAAAUCAGUUACCAUCUUUCAUCCCUGUAUCUUGGCACAAGACGUGUAACUGAGAGCAGAAGAUCCUAAGGAAGCAGAACACAUGAACCUGAGAAGAACUAGUUAGAAAACAGGCAUCAAGUAAGAGAAAAACUGGUUGAUAUAAGAUGGUGGAACUAGAAUCCAGGCGGCUAACUUUUUCUAGAAAAGGACAUGGUAUCUAUGGUCCUUCUGUUAAAUGGAGCCAAAGAUGUCUAUAUUGUCCUUCUCUGUGUUGUUAUACUUUUCCGAACAUAGAUAAGUCAGAGAAUCUGUUUAAGGCACUUAAAAAAAUGUUAUUUAUCCAAUAAAUGAUUUUUGUGUUCAGUGUAUUUUUAUUUUAGGUAAUUUAAGUAAUUCUAAGAAUCCCACAAUAUCUGCCCUUCUGUUUGUGACAGGGUCUUGCUAUAUGGCUCUGGCUGACCUUGAACUCAUAGCAGUCCUUCA